AUGAACAAUUUGACUAUUUAUAAGGGUUUGCAUGUGGUUCCAUCAAAAUUUGUCUGGUCAGAGAACCAAAUAGGGGAACAAGUAUGGAUUAAGAAUUUCAGAGCAUUUGCUGAAUUUUACAGGAAUGAUUUACCAAAUCCUCUCGCACUAGAGGGUGAAAUAAAGCUAUGGCAGCAAUAUUGGUCUGAUUAUGAUCGUUGCUUACCAGACAAUGUAAUCAAAACGUUAAAAGCUGUCAAAUUUGAUGGCUUUGAAAACAUUAAGGUAGCAUUAAGAAUUUUAGCCACUUUGCCCGUCACAUCCUGUGAAUGUGAACGUUCUUUUUCUUCUUUACGCAGACUUAAGGACUAUACCAGGAGCACCAUGGUGCAGGAUCGUUUAAAUGGAAUUGCACUCAUGUACAUCCAUAAGGAAAUCCUGCCAAACAUAGAUGCUGUUAUUGAUCGGUAUGCAAUGAGCAACCGAAGGCUAUCCUUUUCAUAA